AUGUAUAAAGUCAUAGAUCGUGUUGAGGCUUUUGCAGUGCGUACACCCCUCUCCCUUUUGAAUGCUACAUCAUUGGUAUUUACGGCUGUUGGUAAUGGACCAUUGGGAACAAAGCGAAAUGUUGAGGAUAUAAUACAAACUGCAAUCAAUGUUGCCUUAGUAAAGAUAAAUGAUGACAAACGAAAACUACACUUACAUAAGAUUUCGAAGAAGAUUGGUGACGGUUAUGAUAGUAUCUUUUCUCUUCGGGAACUUGGCGCGUUGUGUAAAGAUGAUGAAAAUUUUGAGGAGAGAUCUCAAACUGAAAUCAGGAGAAAUAUUGAUCAACUGCUGGAAAAUCUCACUAAACCUCCAACGGAUGAGAAUACAGAGCUAAACUUUCGCCUAGCAAAAAAUUUACGGAAUACAAAUAUAAACACCUUAAAAUGGGAAGAUCCACUUUCAUCUCAAAUAAUUAGUGAUAAUUCUAUUAUAUUUAAUACUCUGCCUGAUCAUUAUAAGCAACAGUUCUUGGAACUUGCAACACGAAUGAAACCACCAAUUCCUACUGCAGUUGAAGGGGAGUGCUAUCUGUUUGCAGAUGCAUAUCAAGUUGAGGAGACUUCUGAGACAGAGGACUGGACUGUGUUUGUACAUAAUAAGAUUUGGAUAGAGCUAGAAGAGACUUUACUGGAAGUAGUAGAAGAGAUUUUCUGUAUAUUGAGAGAAAUAUGGAAAAAUCCGGUGUACAGAGAUUUACAAAAAGAUAUACAAAAGGAUCUCAAUGAGAAUGGAUAUCUAACUGAUGUUGUCAUGCCAUUAAUCCGGGCUGCAUUAAAGAAAAUUCCACACUAUAAAUGUAUACGGGAAAGUAAAUCCAGUAAAGCCAGGCGACUUACACAAGGCAGUGGUAAAAUUGGGAAAAAGCCGGAUGCUAUGUGUAUUGCCACAAUCAAUGGAUUUGAGUUUGAAAUCAUGUUUCUUGAAGGUUCACGCUUGAUUACUGGCAACAACAAGUUCCAUGAUGAUGAUGUGAAACUCUGGCGUGAGGGUAAUGAUGGAAUGUGGCAUAUUAAUAAUGCAUGCAAACCAAAAAGGAAUGACUUUGCUGUAAUAAAUAUUCAAGUUUUUAAAAACGAAAUGGCUUUGAACGUUUUAGUAAAAGAUAUAAAUGGUAUCGGUCGUUAUUAUCACUUAGACAAAGCAACUAUACCACUUGUAAAGUCAGGAGGUAGUUCGAUACUACAAAUUGUGCGAUUGCUACUUACACUUCGAAAUAUAAUAAUUGUUGAUGUGAGUUUGUUGUAUGAAGCUAUGAAACAUCGAGCUAAAAGCCGGAAACGAGGAGUCAAGAAAACCUCUACUACCACAUUGUCACCAAAAAGAAGAAAGAAGUGA